AAGGCAAGACCAUAAGACUAAUGUAACAGUUGCCCAAGCCUUGUGUUACUGCUGUAAUUUAUAAGAUAUAACGAUAUUUUUUCUAAAGAAACUCGCCUGUAGUCCAAUGUUUUUCUUUUAAAUGUAUUUGUCAGAGCGAUGCGUGUUUGACGCUCCUAGGGCCAUGGCGGUCACGUGAUCUUUGCCGUUUGCCUGCGUAUGCCACAACAUCCAGCCGUGUCGAGUGCUAGUAGUCUGCUUCGAGUCAGUGUAUGACCACUAGCUAGCAGAUACAAACAUAAUGGAUUUCAACGUGAAGAAAAUAGCCUCCGGUGCUGGAGUGUUUUUCACGCGGGCUGUCCAGUUCACAGAGGAGAAGCUGGGCCAGGCGGAGAAGACGGAGCUGGACGCUCACUUUGAGAACCUGAUGAUCCGCGCAGACUGCACCAAGCUGUGGACGGAGAAAAUCUACAGACAGACUGAAGUCCUGCUGCAGCCCAACCCAAGUGCCAGGAUUGAAGAGUUCCUCUAUGAGAAGUUGGACAGGAAGGCCCCCUCCAGAAAUACCAACGCAGAGCUGCUGGGCCAUUACAUGCAGGACGCAGCAAAGGAGUUUGGUCCAGGAACUCCUUAUGGGAGUACUUUGAUGGAGGUGGGGGAAUGUGAAAGAAGAUUAGGAGCUGCAGAGAGGGACUUCCUCCAGACGUCUGCCAUCAGCUUUCUCACCCCGCUCAGGAACUUUCUGGAAGGAGACUGGAGGACAAUAUCCAAAGAACGGCGUCUUCUGGAAAAUCUUCGCUUGGACCUUGAUUCCUGUAAGACCCGUCUGAAGAAGGCCAAGGCGGCUGAGGCCAGGUCUGCGACGGCUCCAGAUUUUCAGGAGACCAGACCCCGAAACUAUGUGCUUUCUGCCAGUGCAUCUGCGCUCUGGAGUGAGGAAGUGGAAAAAGCCGAGCAUGAGCUCAGAGUGGCCCAAACUGAGUUUGAUCGCCAAGCAGAGGUUACACGGCUGCUCCUGGAGGGCAUCAGCAGUACACAUGUGAACCACUUGCGCUGCCUGCAUGAGUUUGUGGAGGCCCAGGCCGCCUACUAUAAGCAGUGUGACUUCCACAUGAAAGAACUACAGAAAGAGCUGAGCAGGCUUCCCAAUGCGUUUGCACUGAGCUCCACUCACCCUGCAGCUCCGGCAUCAGAAGGCAGCCCACUGGAGACGGACACUCUGAAGAUAGAGGAAGUCCAGGCCCCGGCUACAGGGACCCGUAAGGCCAAAGUUCUUUAUGAUUAUGAUGCUGCUGACUCCAGCGAGCUCUCCCUUCUAGCUGACGAGCUCAUCACAGUGUACACAGUGCCAGGGAUGGACUCGGACUGGCUGAUUGGAGAGAGAGGAAACCAGAAAGGAAAAGUGCCUGUCACAUACCUGGAGCUCCUCAGCUAAACAACACAGAUGCACUGACACACAUUACACACAUACCAUUGACUCAUAAGUGUGUGUGAUUACUACUGAAGCCAUGGUAUUUCAUUUGCUUAUUACAUUUGACACCAACCUGUAAGUUUAAACAUCACAACUCCUCAGUAAGCAUUAGCAAAAAGUGUUUAAACACACACUCCCAUCCCCACUCUGGAGACAUUGUUACAAUGUGUGCAGGAGAAUCAACAUUCCUUUUGGAUCUGUUUGGUUGAUCAUUAUGAGGAUUUUCUCCCUUUUCUUAUUUAUUAACUAUUUAUUGUUGUGCAUCCCAAUAGUUCAUGUAGACCUGUCGUACUGUCAUUAGGGGGAUUUCCAUCAACAUUUGAAUGUGACUCCAUAGACCUCAUGGAGUUUGUCUUCAGAAGCAGCAGUGGGAUCAAACUUGAACACAUGAUUCUCCUGAUAAAGGGCUGAUGUACUUUUGUCCUGUCUUGUCUUGUCCUCAUUAAGAAGUGAAAACAAAAGUGGACAGAACACAGAUUGUUGACAGACGCUUCCUUAUUGUGUUGUGUUUCCUUGUGAAGUUUCCUGAAACUACCAGGUGUAUUAUUAAUUUAUAAAUGCAAAUGAAAGAUGUGACUUCUUCCUACUUUGCUGCAGAACUACAUUCUGUUCCUCCCUGUUCUUCCAAUACGACAUGAACAGUAAAGCAUGUCUUGUAUCUUUUGCAUCCUGAAAAAACAAAUGACAUCUGCUCGCUAAAGAACACUAACAGCAGAUAAAGUUUUUCAUGGAGGUUUUUUUUUGCAUCCUGUCAUCCUCAACUCUUUGAAAACAGAUUUGCCUUAACUGCUUUUGAGAUGAAUGUAAUAACUGUGUUAUCUAAAGCCAUCGAGUCAUGUCACUAUUGUUUUGAUUAGACUUCUUUUGUGCCUGGCGCACCUUUCCACAGCACUGGAUGAUGAAUUGAUUGAAUUUUAAACACCAUUUAAAAAAAAAAAAAAAAAAACAUUAAAAAUCCUCCCCUGCCCUAACUGCCUUAACAUGAUGAGAAAGAACUGCUAAAGGCCAAAAAUGUGCUUCUCUCAACAAAAUGUCUGACACUUGUACACGACUGCAUGCAAGACUGCAACUACUUUUAAGCACGUGUGUGUGUGUGAUUUUUGUUUGCCCGUUUUGUGUUUUCUGAGUUAACCACGAUACUGUUUUGUCGCUGCCUUGUCUGUUUAUACAAGUGUCUUCUGUCUUAGUGCUGCAUAUGCUCCAGCAGCCUGUCCGUAAGACAUUGUCUUGUAAGACAUUUUCUGUUCAAAAAUGUUUUUACUUAUACUGACUGUUGUGAGUCUGUUUACCUCAUAUUGUAUUAUUAUUAUUAUUAUUAUUAUUAUUAUUAUAUAUUUUGUCAAAAUAUGUAUUGCCCCUUCCUUACCCAUGCUCAAUGAAUGGAUAGUAUUGAACUUAAUAAAAAGUAAGAUUUA